ACCGUCGUUUUCCAGAAACACUUAAAGGCAGCAUGGCUUAAAAGCAGUCGUUCACAUGUGUCACUGCCUCCAAUAGAAAUGCAGCUAACUUUUUCUAAACCAAUCAGCGUUAAGGAAGCCAUCAGUGUAGCCUGAUUGGUUUAAACGUGGCACGCUCGGAAGCCAGAACAGAAACACAUGGGAACCAGAUGGCUAGAUGCAAAUAAAGAUGUUUUAAUGCUGAUUUGAAACACAUUUAUGUGGCAUUUGAGGCUGUUUGUGCCAUUGAUAAUGUGGUGUCUCUAAUGGAGGUUAUUAAUCAUUAAGAGAUGGAGACAGCAGCUCUGGUAGCUCCAGUCACAGCGCUGGAGUUCCUUCAAGAUGCAUUUUUACUGACAGGUGAGGGUCCAGUCCUGACAGUGUACACUCUCCAACCUAGCCCGAAAGCCUGCGCCUCCCUGAGUGUGCUCCAACACUACAGAAUCCACGGGAUAAGACCUAGAAGUCUGCCGGCUGUCCCAACACAGAGCUCUGCCUUGGGAACAUAUGAGAAAAUCAAAGAUGAACUGCGCUCCACAUUGCAGCCCAACUCCUAUGACCUAGCAGUGUUUGGAGGCAAGGCUGUGAGGCUGGUGAGGCUCCAUGUGGAUCGUCGGGAUGUGGAGCAUCUGCACUUGGAGAUUAUGGGUCCCUUCAUGGAGCUCCAAGACUGGGCCCUGGAUGUCCGCUGGCUAUCUGGAGAAAAACACUCACUGCUCUGUGUGGCUGUAGCUCACAAUAGUGCCCUUCUGCUGGACAUAAGUACAGGAAAGGCCCUGGUUCAGUGCUCCUGUCUGGAGGGGUGUCUGCUGUACACUGCCCUCCUUCUUGUACAUGAAUCCUGGGCAGAUACCGUCUUAGUAGGAGGGACUGUUUUCAACCAAGUGGUUCUCUGGAAGCCUGGAAGAGAAGAAGACAAAAGUAGCAAUUCUGAACACAAAGCUCCAGUUGAGAGACGUCUUCUCGGCCACAGCGGGGUCAUCUUCAACAUCUCUUACCUGCAGGAGAAAGGAUGGCUGGCUUCAGCCUCUGAUGACCGCAGUGUAAGGGUUUGGGGUGUUGGUGAUUUAGGCGGCCCUGGGGGAAAAUGUGGGAACUUGAACCCGGCUUGUUUAAGGGUCCUUUAUGGACACCAGGCAAGAGUGUUCUCUGUGUGUCUCUCCCCAGGUAAAGUGUUCAGUGCUGGUGAAGACGGGGCCUGUUUAGUCUGGGACUGGGCCGAUGGUGGAAAGGUGGUUCGGACAUUAAAGGGACACCGAGCAGGGGGGGUUCGUGUGCUGGCAGUCAGUGAGAGCACAGGAGCCGAAGAGAGAUGGGUGGCUACAGGUGGGGCAGAUGGAGGGGUGAGGUUGUGGAGGGUGGAAGGGGGUGAGGAGGCAAAGGAGAGAAUGGAGGAAGCAGGGACAGAGAAGAUAACUGACUUGAAGUUUCCUGGUCAGGGCUUGCCUAAAGUGGUUUGUUCAGCAGGGACAGAGGAUAAAAAUGAAAGCUGGAGUCAGAGUAAGUUUGUGGUUUGCACUGAGCAAGGUAUCAUUUACCAAUACAGUGAUGGGCAGUGGUACGUGGUAUGGAAAGGGACUCCUGAGUUUCAGUCUUAUUGUGUGAUGGAAACAAUCAGCGUGAAGCACUCAACACCAAAAGUUAACCUAUGUGCUGUGGGAAACCUCAGCGGGUCCAUACAAGUCUUCCCCAUUUCUCAUCCUCAGUGUGGGACUCUUCUCACAGGUGGAUCAGGGAAGAUCCAUAGUCUUAUUUGGCAAGAGGCAAAAGAAGGCGUGUAUUUGUUAGCAUCAGGCGCUGAAGGACUUGUCUAUCGCUGGUGUAUCAAGGUUGAGUCAGAUGUUAACUCCUCUUUGGCUCUAAAUGUAAAUCUCCUUCCUCCUUUCCUUCUUCCCGCCUGUGCCAAACGCUGGCUGACUGCUGCCGUGCAACUCAUCUACACAUCACAGAGGUUGCUGUGGGUGUGUGGGGACAGGAGAGGCUCUCUGCUUUUGUUUCAGGAUAGGGAUGACAAGAGGAUGGAUGAAGGAAGAAAAGAAGUGGGUGACCUAACGCUGCACCCACUGAGCUGCUUGUUCGGGGUGCAUGGAAAACAGGGUGUAACUUCAGUGUAUGAAUACCAAGGACUGCUCUAUAGCACAGGCAAGGACGGCUGCGUGAGAAUAUUCACAGUGCAUCCAACACCACCAGAAAAACUUGAAGAAAGGGGUGUAGAGAACAAAGGAGGGCUUCAGCUGGAGGUUCUCAGAGUCCAGCGGGCCUGUAAGGGCAUGGAGUGGCUGGAGAGGGUUUUUAUUCUUGAACCUGACAUUCGGGCAGAAGAGGAAAAGGAGGAGGAGGAAGAGCUUGGAGAAAUAUGUGAAAACCACUACAAGACACAGAAUCUAAAUUUGACCAAAAAGCUUGAGGCUGCAGAGGAGGGGAGCUUGAGAGGAGAAGAAGAACAGACAGAGAACAAGGGGAGAGAAGCCAGGUUCGCCAUCAUUGGCUUUCAUGCGGUACACUUUGUGGUUUGGGACCCGGUGAGGCAGGAGAGGCUGUUAGCGGUGCCUUGUGGUGGGGGGCACCGCUCUUGGAGUCUCUGGCCGUCCAACAAAGGGGUUUGGCCCGGAUACGGAGCUCUCGUCUUCAUCAAGCAGGGGGCAGUCCUGGCUUCCCACCCCCCUGGAGAGGCAAUGAGCUGGGGUGGAAAGGCAGGAAGGAGCGGAGGAUGGGCCCUGAGAGAGGGCGUCCAUGGGAGGGGGAUAGGGUGCAUUUGCAGGCUGGGGACGAUAAGGGGAAUCGGGAAUGAGAUUCAAACAAACAGUGCUUCAGAAGAUGAUGUAAAUGAGGUGGUGAGAGAGGGAGGGCAUUGGGAGAUAGUGGUAACAGGAGGAGAGGACACCAGCUUAACCGUCCUGGCCAUACAGCCCAGCUCUGGCAGCAUCAAAGUUCUCUCAGUUAUUACCGACCACAUCUCGAGCGUGAGGACAAUGACAGCCUUGACGCACCCACAGGGAGGGAGUAAAAACCAGUCCCUCUCCGCCCUGCUGGUGUCUGCUGGCGGGCGCGCUCAGAUGCAGUGUUACCGGCUGUUGAUCGGCUGGGACAGGCAGAGACUGCUUCCCUCCUGUCAGGUGAUCCAGGUGGCCAGUCACCGAUUGGACCAACAGUGGGAGAGAAGGCGGAACCGACACAAGACGGUGAAAACAGACCCAGAAACGAGGUACAUGUCUGUCGUGGUGGUGGAUGAGAGGACGGACUGUAGUUUUCUGGCUCUGGCCUGCAGUGACGGAGCUCUCAGAUUGUUCUCAAUGAGUGAAGCUAAACGUCAAAUAGAUCUGCUGUGGGAGACGUUUCACCACCAGCGCUGUGUGCUCAGCGUUGCCGCCUGCACCCUAGAUGAUGAAAAAGGCAACAGGUAUAAGCUGCUGUUCAGUGCUGCAACAGAUGGAAAAAUUUCAGUGUGGGAUUUGACCGAUGCUUCCUCCUUAUCAACCGGUUCUUUGAGUAGUGCUCCAACUCCACCAAUCCCUUGCCUCGACAUUCACGCCCACCAGAGUGGCGUCAACUCAUUGGCUGUUUGGGCAGAGAAACAGGGACAACAAGAGGGCGGUUGCCUGGUAACUGUUGCCAGCGGAGGGGAUGAUGGGCAGCUGACAGUGUCCGUGAUCAGGGUGCAGUACCCAGAGGAGGGAAAGACUGGUGGCAGCAGAGUGUUUCCUCAGACUUCUGAGCCUCUGAUCUCUCAGCAGCUCCAACCUCUAAACCAGCUUUGUCUUCAUCUGCACUCCCAGUCUCACAUCCCGCUGGCUCACGCAGCGCCUCUGACCGCCCUGAAGCUCCUGAGCCCAGGCCUCGUGGUCUCCACUUCUUCAGAUCAGAGGGUUUGUCUCUGGAGGGUCCGCAGUUCCGGUAUCAGCCACAUCGGGGCGCUGUGCUCCCACGUUGCAGAUGCUGCAGGACUCGCGGUGUGGGAAGGGCAGGUGAAAGAGGAGGAGGGAAAUAAAAAGAGGAAAAUAAGGUCUGAGUCUGAGCAGGAGAUUGCAGUUUUGAGAGGGAGUCAGACAGGAUUAAAAACAAUGUGUAAGACAGUAGCACAGUUUGAUAAGGAAACAGCUGAUGAGGCUGAGCAUGGAGUCACAAGCAAGAUCGGUGACCCAGUUUGUCAAAGCAGUGAUGAGAGGGGAGGUGAGACAGCUGGUGAAUGUAGAAGUCAAACAAAGACUGACAGCGUGGGUGAGACAGCGAGCGAGGCAACCACUGAGGCAGGUUUCAAGGCUUCCUGUGAGAGCAAGAACAAGAGAGGAAAGACUGGAUGGGUGCUGGUCUGCGGUCAGGGCUUCCAGCUACUACAAGUCCAAAAUACAGAUGGAUGCCCAGAUGUGGAACACAAGGAGAGACAAGGAGAAAGUGGAUCAUGGAAUUAAAGUGGCUUUACAAAAAAAGACAAUAUAAGUGGAAAUAAAAGCAGUGGUCCAAACAAUCUCUUCCCUAAUGGACACAUUUUAUAAAAUAUUUAUAAAUUAUCUGUGAAAUUACUUCAAAUGGAUUAUGCUUUGGAGAUUUUUAAAUUACAUUUUUAAUAAAGUUUAUUUAUCCUCUA